CUACCUCGAGUGUGCUCACUGCCCUUAAGCCCAGCUCCACUCAAAAUCAGGCAGCGGGAGGACGAGUUGCCAAGCCAGGUCGCCAUGGGUGAGGUGGCGCUCGUCUCCAAUGGAUGCGGGGGAGAAAGGAAGACGGAGGAGAGGCAGCAGGGGCAAGGGCAGGUCCUCGAGUUGCUGCUGGCCGCGCUCCGCAAGUCCGUGGUGCUGCCGUGCCAGAUGGCGGACGCCGACGACCCGACCGCAGCCUGGGGGAUGGACAUCGGCUGGCCUACCGACGUCCGCCACGUCGCGCACGUCACGUUCGACCGCCUCCAAGGCUUCCUCGGCCUCCCCGUCGAGUUCCAGCUCGAGAUCCCCUGCCAUGUACCAAGCGCCAGCGCGAGCGUAUUUGGGGUGUCGCCGGAGUCGAUGCAGUGCGACUACGAUGACAAGGGGAAUUCGGUCCCCAAGAUCCUUCUGCUCAUGCAACAAAGGUUGUACUCGCAACAUGGCCUCAAGGCAGAAGGGAUCUUCCGUAUCAACCCAGAGAACAGCCAGGAGGAGCAUGUCAGGGAACAGCUCAACAGGGGUGUUGUGCCUGAUGACAUCGACAUACACUGCCUGGCUAGUUUGAUUAAGGCCUGGUUCAGGGAGCUACCCGAGGGUGUGCUUGAUAGCCUCUCGCCUGAGCAAGUCCUCCACUGCAACACAGAAGAACAAUGCGUUGAGGUGGCGAAGCUUCUUCCUUCAACACAGGCUGCACUUCUUAGCUGGGUCGUAGAACUCAUGGCUGAUGUUGUCCAAGAAGAGGAGUCAAAUAAGAUGAAUGCCCGAAAUGUUGCCAUGGUUUUUGCACCCAAUAUGACACAGAUGUCAGAUCCCCUUACUGCUCUGAUGCAUGCCGUUCAAGUCAUGAACUUGCUCAAAACCUUGAUUCUCAGAACGAUGAGAGAACGUGAAGAUAGUGAAGGAACAUACUCGACAUUUUCAUCGUCGUCAUCUUUAUCUGAUGAACUUGAUGAGGUGGGUCGUGAGGAUCAACAAGAUGAUGACAACGACAUUGGGAUUGAGAAAUAUGCCAGCGACAGUAGCCAAAGCCCAAAGAAUAUGGACAAGACCGUGCAACUCAAAAUGCACAGUGAACAGCUAAUCGUUUCGUCCAGGAGGCACGCGUCAUUUGAAUUCCGUCUGCCUUACAUCAGCAGCAGCAAUGACGAUGAAGAUGCAUCUCGUAAUGAUAUUGAAGAAGGUUUCCUAAGGAGGCUAGAAGUGAGCAAAGGCAGCAACUUCUUUCCUUCCAGUAAGGAGGCAGAGCAUCUGAACUCCUCUGAAACCAUAAGUGGAUCUUGCAGCGACCAUGCAAGCAGCACUGAGCUGAGUGAAACGGAAAUUAGGACUGAAAUUACAAACCAGGAGGUAAAAUAUUCCAGGGAAGGGAGUUAAUUCUCUGCUCAUAAGCCUUCCUCGCAAGGAUGCAGAUUUUACGUUUGGUGCGCAGUUGUGUCUUCUCUUCUUGCGUGUCGUUUAGUCAACAAAGGGUUGAGGAACUUUGUCCUUGUAAAAUAUUCUUGGCAAUCCGUAAUUGAGUAUUUGUGUCCUUUAGUUAAGCUGAAAUGAAAUCAUGAGCUAAAAUUUUUCUAGCUA